AUGUCACCCACCCACUUCCUCCGCCUCCCUCAUCUCACCCGCCUCACACGCACCACAAUCCCCAGCAAACCCAUCCUCCUCACCCACCCCUCCAUCCGUCCCAUAACCACCACCCCCUCCCCCCAAUUCCCCCGCAAAGACUCUCAACAAAAAGACAGCAUCAAUACCGAAGCCACCGAAUACAGUAAAUCGGGCACCGACGACGCGGCCGCUCGCGAACAAUCCGCAGCUUUCGAUCCCAACAUCACUAAUCCCGAGUCGGAAAAAAAUCAAGCAGGGAAGGGGGAAAAGAAAGAAGGUUAUGGUAAUCCGCUAGAAGUGAGUCCCGCGAAUAGGGAUGUGAGUGGACAAACGGAUGAAAUGGGUGGGGGGCCGGAGAGGAGUAAGGGGGAUGUUAAUGUGAGUGGGGAGAAGGGGAGUGGGUUUGGGGGGAGGGAGAAGAAGGGAGGGAGGGGGAGUGUGUGA